UCACCAUUCCAAAAUCACUCUCAAUUAUUAUUAUUAUUAUUUUUUAAGCUCAGAGCUCAAUUUGGCCGGAAAUGAAGAGGGAGGGUCGCCAACACGGGAUGGUCCGGACAUACCGGAUCCUACCGACCCCGCUGAACCCGAAACCUGAAACCCAAUUCGUCAACCGGUUCGACUCGCCUGCCACGGCCGGGCUGUUCACCCGGGUCCCGUCGAAGCCCACCAACCACUCCAAGUUCACCGGAAAGUGUAGCCAGCCGAGGUGCAACGGCUGCCACUUGCACCCAACAUGCAAGGCCAAGGACAAGACCAAGGGAAACCAGAAGCUGAAAUCACGCGACGUCGUUUCCAACUACAAGUUGCUGACUUGGCGGGUCGUUGACUCCCGACCCGGUUUGAACUUCUCCGGUGUUUCCGCCACUAGGAUUGUGGAUCAUAUGUCUAGUUAUCACCUGCAUGAUCAUGAUCUUGACGGUGAAGAGGAGGAAGUUGGUGAUUAUGUCAAGGAUCCUACGGUGGGUUUUAAUCCUAUUCAAUCAGGGGUUGAGAUCAGUAAUGCUGAUCGUGAUGAUGAUCAAGUGGACCAUGGUGAUGAUGAUGAAGAAAUGAGUUUUUGUGAUGUGGGUUUUGUGUUGGAGCAAGUGGAAGGGGAUGAUGGUUGGUGUUUGGUUGGAGAAAUGUGAUUCUUUGUUUAUCCUUCAAUUGUCGUAUUCUGUAACUGACAAGGGAUCGUUUUUUUUUUCUUCUUUUUAAUUGUACAUUUUCUUUUUCUCGAGCGUGUAAUUUGUCAUGAAGUCUCUUGUUUCACAUUGUUAUUAUUAUAAAAUGUUGUGGUUCUUGAUUA